CGUGUCUGCGCGCCCUCACCUCGCUGUCGCUCGGGUCACUCGGUGGCGGGUGCAUCCAGCUACUCCCGGCGCCGGCGGGAAUCGCUUUUCCCAGCGCGGCCGCUUCUGGCUGAGGUCCCGAGAGGAGCGUGAGUGAGCAGCGGCUGUGAGCGAUCACACUGAAAAGAAAUGAAUGUCAGAGAGGAUUUGUUUAAUCAUUUAGCAGCUGACACAAGCCAUGUCCCUAACAAAGCGUUGGUGAAAAAGUAGAAGAUUUCUGGGAUACAGCAGCACCAGUACUGUGAAGCCGCUUCUGCCGGUCAGGAGCAGCAUUUGUUGGAGGAUGCCGUAGCCCAGGAGGUGAGGCUCGUGGGGACGAGGUCGAUGGCUUGCAUGGAGCUUCUCUACCUGGCCGAGGAGAGCAGACGGGUGCACCUGGGCACCGCUACUGACUGGAGCCUGCCCUCCCAUCCCUACGAGCAGCAGCAGUGUGAGGGGGCUGAGGUGGACCCCCGAGCAGCCGCUGCUGUGGCAGCCCUGCGCUGUGAACGGCACUGCAAGCCCUUGCAGAGGGACCUUGUGGCUGAGCCCUCCCUGGCACCCCAGCCCUCCUCCCUGGGCACCUCGCCCCAGGAGCACCCUGCACCCUCCAGCAUCUCCCAUCCCUGCCACCCAGCCGAGCACUUGCCCAGGGAGGAGGAUGGAGGGAAGAAAGCCUGCUGCUGUGCCCAGGAACUCGAGACGUCAUUCACCUAUGUGGAUGAAAAUGUAAAUCUGGAGCAUGCAAGAAGUCCCCCCACUCCUGUAGGUGGCCAGGAUGCCCCUCUGCAGCAGCGUUCCUGCAGGGAAUGGGUGCACGAUUCUCCUUCCUUGGUCUCCGAGGAGGACGAUGCUGCCUCGGAGGCAGCAGCUGGGAAAUCCAUUGACUAUGGAUUCAUUAGUGCCAUUUUGUUCCUGGUUAGUGGCAUUUUGCUGGUGAUAAUUUCCUAUGUGGUACCCAGAGAUGUGACUGUGGAUCCCAACACCGUGGCUGCCCGGGAGAUGGAGAGGCUGGAGAACGAGAGUGCGAGGAUCGGUGCGCACUUGGACCGCUGCGUUAUCGCUGGGCUGUGUCUCUUAACCCUGGGGGGCGUGGUGCUCUCCAGCCUGCUGAUGAUGUCCAUGUGGAAAGGGGAGCUGUACCGGAGGAGCAGGUUUGCAUCCUCCAAGGAAUCUGCAAAGCUGUAUGGAUCUUUCAAUUUUAGAAUGAAGUCUGGUGCAAAUGAUAAUAUGCUCGAGCUGUCGUUAGUUGAGGAAGAUGUGCUUGCUGUAGAUAAUUAGUGUGGUCAUGAUUUUUAAGGCAAUAUUUCUACAGGAAAAUAUGUUUCAUUAAAGAAAGCAGAUGCUGCUAAAGAUAGCUGGUGAUGCAGUUUAUUUGUCUGACAAGAAUGGUGUUAACUUAAGCUCUAUAAUCAAAUGUUUGCAAUAUAUGAGUAUUUGUUGUAAAGAGGAACUGUGCCAGAUGAAAUGCAAAUGAUAUAAAAUAACGAAAACCACUGAAUAAAAAGAGAUUUGUGAUAA